AUGCAUCUGCCAUAUCCAUCCCGCAAAGAUUCAAAUGCCGCGCGGUAUAAGCCGGCCAGGCCGCCAUCAGCCUCCUCAGGCUAUAUACCGCCCAUCCUUCGGCGAAUCAGGUUAAGAGGAGGACUGAUAAUCGCGGUCAUUACCUUUGCAUGCUUCUACCUCUUCACCUCGAUAUCUCGCGGCAGCACAGCGAGUAGGAGCAUCAAGCGUAGUGGCACACAGCACCCGAUAACUACGCAUGCUCCUACGGGCAACCCUCCAGCAGUACUCGUCACGGUCAUGGACUCUGGCCUCCACAGCAAUUCCUACCUGCAGACUCUAAAGGAGAACCGGUUAAUGUACGCCAGAAAGCACGGUUACGAGACGUGGUUUCCCGACAUCUUUGAGUACGACCUCAAGGGCGCACCCACAUCGUGGUCCAAAGUGGUGGCUAUGCGGCACGCCCUCACCAAGUUCCCGGAUGCAACCUACUUCUGGUUCUUGGACCAUGACACAGUUAUCAUCAACAUGGAGCCGACGGUGGAGGAGUCGUUAAUGGAUGCAAAGGCCAUAGGAGAUGUGAUGAUCAAGGAUCAUCCGGUAGUGCCACCCGACAGCAUUAUCAAGACGUUCACGCACCUGAAGGGCGAGGAUGUCGAUCUUGUCCUGACCCAGGACAAAGCAGGUCUUUCCGUGGGUAGCUUCAUUGUGCGCAACGGAGAGUGGGCUAAGUUCUUCCUCGAGACAUGGUUUGAUCCCAUUUACCGAAGCUACAACUUCCAAAAGGCUGAGGAGCAUGCUUUGGAACAUAUCGUUCAAUGGCAUCCUACCAUCUUGUCAAAGCUUGCAAUCGUACCGCAAAGGUACAUCAACUCGUACGACACGGGAGAGUCUGGGGAAGCCUACCAGGCUGGUGAUAUGGUCGUCAGAUUUCCCGCCUGCCCCAAGGUCGGUUACCCAGCAUGCGAGGCCGAGGCAGCGAAAUACGAAAAGCAGUGGCGUGGCACUAAGUCAUGA